AUGGCGGUUGCUCUGGAACAUUUUGGUCAGCCUCGGGCUGUUACUAAGCAGAGCAUAGACGUCCCUAUUUUCGGGAGUCAUUGGGUCUAUGAACUGGUUGUGACCACUGUCUGGGUCGAUGAAGACCUACCUCAAAGGGUACCUUAUCGAUUCAAGACAUGGUUCCGCCAUGGACUCAAUGGGUAUAGGACGAACAGCCGAUCGGGCUCCGACCUCGAGCCUCGGAUCGCGCAAGGACUCGACCGGCGAGGGAGGAGCCGCGAGACGCAACACCAGAUCGGAUUCCGGCGACUCGGCAGCUCGAGAGCCGCGAGCGGUGAUCGAACGGCGAGCGGAGUCGGGAUCGCCGGUUCCAAGGAACCGGAUGGGGUUUGUGCAGGAACAGGGACGGAACCGCGGAGGAAGGAGUGCGAUGAAAUCGACGGAGGAUUGGCCGACGAUGACGAAUGGGAGGGAGUGGAGAGGAGCCAGUCGGCGAGGCUUUUCGGUCGGGCAGUCCGAUUCGCGUGCUCCGCGCGCAAUGCUGGUUUGAUCUCGGGAAUCCACGGCGAGCCGACGAUGAAGCUGUACGGACUCCAUAGGGUCGCUCUCGAGGGGCCGUGCCGCGAGCACCGGCCGAUGACGUUCAAAGUCUCGGCUCGAGCCAAGUGGAAUGCUUGGCAACGGCUUGGGAACAUCAGCCCGGAGGUUGCCAUGGAGGAAUACAUCGAUCUUCUCUCGGAAAAAUUUCCCAACUGGAUGCAGAACGAUGCGGUCGAAGAUGAAGUUUGUACAGAUGCCGAGGCAUUUUGGAAGCUAAUCUGCAAUCUGAGGACAGCGAUAGAGCAGCAAACGAAAAUUGACCGAAACAGAUUACAAAAGCUGAAUCCUGCACAAUGAUCCUGAUGUCACUGGCUCCAUGAUGCAGAAGACUUGGUGAAGAAGGCACAUCAAGAGUGUGUUCAAGCAAUUAUAUUCAUUAGGGAAAGGAUUAAUUUUUCAUCCGUCGAGUUGUGCCGAACUCUUAGUCUAGUAUUGAAGUUAUCUUAGCUGAUAGUAACUUAGGUUUUAUUUGCAUGUUUAGGAUCAACGAGUACAAUCUUCUAUGCAAUUUAUGGCAUCAUGAAAAAAUGGUGCUUCAUCUUUCAAGGGUGGAAAAUCCUUGCAAAUAUCAAAUUGCUGCGCUUUGUAAGUUUUAUCUCUCACUCCUCAGGAAAGUGCAGAAAUAGAGAGGGGUUUCGAGUGUAAUUUCGCACUAAAAAGGAAGGAAAAAAGCAUUCCUUUA